AUGGAGACACAAUUUCAACACCAGUCAGUCCCUCCCAAGCCGGCUGGGUUGAACAACAUUCUCAAUAGUGAUGAUCAGCCCUCGACCACUGGUCAUCAUCCCCCCCAUUUGCGAGAUUCGGGAUUCUACUCGACUGCCGAGGCUUCCAGCAAACAUACCUCUGCCGCUUCCUUCAACGUGAACGGCCUCAGUCCAGCAGGCUCGGGAUAUCAAUCGUCUCUCGCGGACAAGACUCCAUCACCAGUCGCCACUCACAUGGUUCCGCAAGCUCUCAUCUCUCCCUCCGUCAGCAACAUGAGUGUUGCCUCCAUGGUUUCUCCUUCGUCCCCAAUGACCGAGCGACGAUUCGAGCGACCGACGUCGAUUGAGUCUCAAGGACACAAUGGCGCUUCUCUUGGAGAGAACCUCGUUGUCGGGGGGCCGAGACGCGAGAGUGUGGACAGCAGAAUUAACCAAGGCAUCAGCGACAUGCGUCUCGGGUCUUCCCCAUAUGCUAGCAACAACCAUUCUACCGCCUCCAUCCACAACACCCUCCAUUCGCAACGCAACCCACGACACGGUCUGGAGUCCUUGUCGGUACACAGGAUAUCCAAUGGCUACCAGCCUAGCGCCGAACGGAACCCUAUAGAGCCAAAGAUUGUCAAAACCGCCCCCGCCAUUACCGGGCCUGCCACCAGCAACAUUGCCCGAGCCGCGGAGCCGACGAAAGGUCAGGCAUGGGCCUUUCCCGAGGAAGACAUUCAACGCGUGGGACCGCCCAAUCGUCUCGACGAUUCUCGGCGCAGCAGCAUCGCCGAAUCAAUCGCCAGCAGCCAGUUUACGACGGAAUCGCGGCUACCCCCAGGGCAGCGGAGGCUCGAAGAUGGCGCCGACUACGCACGCAUGUCGAGCGUCUCCAACGAGUUUCCCCCGGUCCACCAUCACACCAUGCAGCACAAGCAGCUUAGCGAUCUCCAGGCGGAAGAAUGUACCGGUCCCGCUGGCUCACAGCCGUAUAGCCGGACACCAGAAUUAAGAGUCAGCCAUAAGCUCGCCGAGCGCAAGAGACGGACCGAGAUGAAGGAACUCUUUGACCAGCUGAGAGACUUGAUGCCACAAGAACGUGGUUCAAAGGCCUCAAAGUGGGAGAUAUUGACCAAAGCCAUUGCCGAACAUCAGCGGCAGAGCGACCACAUUCGUGCCCUCCAAGCGCACUACAACACUGCUGCUGCUGAGAAUGAAAUGCUGCGCCGAGAGUUGCAGAGCAUGCGCAUGGAAGGGGGUCAAUUCCGAGGAGAGGUGAACUCGGCAAACCACGCGCAGCAGAAUGCCGCUGUGCCAGCGCCGCCGGCUGCGCCCCAGAAUUCACAACCCGCUUCAUACGGCGGCGAUCCGUAUGCCAACAGCAGCCGAACCGAACUGCCACCGCUGCGAUCCAUCCACAACGGACCCGAGUCGAUGACCGGAGUCCAGUACGAUGCUCCCAGAGUGAACGCCUAUCGACAAGACAGGUUCUAG